AUGCGCCUCUUCUGCUAUGCAGAUGACACUCUAGUCGUGGCGAGCGGAGGGUCAUUUGGGGAGGUGGCUCAGCUUGCGAUGGCCGGUACUAGGCUGGUUGUUGGUCGGAUCCAAGCCCUGGGUCUCAGGGUGUCCCUUGACAAAACGGAAGCCCUGCUAUUUCAUGGCCCGAGGAUGGGUCCUCCUUCGGGGGCGGCAUUGGUGGUUGAAGGCGUUAGGAUUUCAGUGGCCUCCUCCAUGAAGUAUCUUGGUCUUGUUCUAGAUGGUCGCUGGAAUUUCGAGCCCCAUUUUAAAUCUCUCGAGGGGAGACUUGUUAGGGCAGCAGGAGCACUUGGCAAGCUCUUGCCUAAUCUUGGAGGCCCAUGCCAGAGCGUGCGCCGGCUGUACUGCGGAAUCAUUCGCAGUAUGGCCCUGUACGGGGCCCCCAUUUGGGACGACGCGCUGAUCAGGCGGACGAACCGUAUGCUUAUACGGAGGCCGCAACGAGUGAUUGCGGUUCGGGCAGCUCGCUGCUACCGUACCGUAUCGUUCGAGGCGGCCUGUGUGUUAGCUGGUACUCCUCCUUGGGAAUGGGAGGUGGAACUUAUCGCUGCCUUAUACCGUGCGAAGGCUGAGGUACUGUCUGGCCAUGGAUGCUUUGGGCGGUAUCUGCAUAAGGUGCCUAGAAGGGAGGUGCAUCCGUUGUGCCACCAUUGCGGCGCUCCAAAUGACACGGCGGAGCAUACUGUGGCUGAGUGUGUCACCUGGACAAGGGAGCGUCAUGACCUGGUAUCGGUCAUAGGGUCGGACCUCUCUUUACCGGGUAUUAUUUUAGCUAUGUUAGGAAGUGAGGAGGCCUGGAGUGCAAUGGUUACCUUCUGUGAGCAUGUAAUGCUGCAGAAGGAGACAGCUGAGCGAUUGAGGGAAAGGUCUGGGGAUGAUCGUAGACUGACCGGUAGUUCAAGGCUGGGGGCUCGACCUCGAGUGGCCCGGAACCGCAGGUCUUGA